UCCUUUUCUUCUCCGAACUCCUAAUUCCCACAGGAAAAAGAAUUCUCUUUUUGUUGAUACUUUCGUAUGAAGGCCAUUAUUCUCUUUUUAAAUUGAACUGAGAAGCGAAGAAGCAGAGAUAGAUAGAUAGAUAGAUAGAUAGAUAGAUAGAGAGAGAGAGAGAGAGAGAGAGAGCACCGGCGAUUCUUUUGCGGGGAUGCUGACGUGGAUGAGUGGGUAUAGAUGCCCGGAGAUAGGGUGGAUCUAGGGUUUGCAGCGGUCGCCGUCGUCAUCGCCGCCGGCCGCCGUGAUCUGGUUCUUGGCAGAGAGGAGAUGGAGGAUGGCGGUGGCAAGAAGGGUGGAGGUCAGGAGGCUUGCAUGGCUCGCUGCCGAGGAGGCUGCUAGGGCCGAGGCCGACGCUGUUGCUCAGUGUGCAGUUUGUUAUCGGGAGACCAGGACAAGGUGCUCGAGAUGCAAAGCUGUUAGAUACUGCUCAGGAAAAUGCCAGAUCAUCCAUUGGAGACAGGGUCACAAGGAUGAGUGCCAUCCUCCAAAAGUUGAUGAUAGCAAAAGUGGUGGAGACAGUAUUACCAAUCUGAUUGGUUUACAGACUAAUCUAUCUGAUUUAGCAGAGAAUAAUCUAGAGAUUGAGACAAAGCCUCAGGCGAAACAAAUCGAGACAUCCUCUGCAAGAGAACUUCCUGAGUCCAGUUCACCAUCAGUUGUCUUUAGUGAGGAUCAGAUUAAAAUCAAGCCAUUUGUAGGCAUACCUGAGACAGGGAGCAACUUGGAUUCUUUUGCAGACUCAUCAUUGUUGUCAUCCUCAUCUGCAUCAUCAUCUAGCUGCUCUACAUUUUCGGGACUUCUGGAGACAUCAGAUGAUGCUUCUGCCAAUGAUGACCCUCUUGUUCUCCAUUCUGGGAAAAUUGAGAAGGCUUCCUAUCAUGAUUUUUCGCUUGAAGAUCCCAUGACAGCAGUUCAAACUAGCAAUGCAAACCAUAAAAAGGCCUCACUUGCAAGUGCAUGCUCGUCUGUGAAUAGUUUAUUUUGCUCGAGCAACAUUGAGCUGAAGGUGAGCAGUAAUGAAGGAGAUGAUGUUAAACGCAGUUCAAGUAGUCCUGGAUCAAGCUCUGUUUUCUCUGAUUAUCGUACAGAAACUAGGCCUUCUGAAGGUGCUAUCGGUUCCAAGAAGGAAAAUGUUCAAGCUGUUGCUGCUGCAUCUUCUUUUGGGGCCUCUUCCAACUCAGUACCUACUGAGAGAUCUGCUAAAGAAGAGUAUUCUUGCAGAAUUGUUCCAUCAAAAGGUACUGCUCAGUCCAUAGACUUGAAACAUAGAUAUUUGGCAUCUUCAGGCACUAGAAAUUCAAGCUCUGUUGCUACUGAGGGGAGCACUGAUGUAGGCUUACAGAUGUCUAAGAUCUCGAGACCUCCAUCUUCUUUCUCAUCUGUGGAACAUGAAUCCUCUAAUGGUGGAAGGCAUUAUGUUUCACGUGAUACACCAGCAAAGAAUGAGAAUGCUUCUGUACUCUAUGCAAUACCGGUUGAGACUACAGGUCCUUCACCCAAUGGCGUUAGUGUCUUAAAAACAUCUGUCAGGAGAGCAGUUCAACAAUUAAAAUCUUCAAAUCUUCCAAAUCAUUCGUCAGGGCCUAGAAGUGAUGGAUACCGAAAAUACAAGAUGCUUUUUCCCUAUGAUCUCUUCAUAAAACUUUACAAUGACAAGGUGGAAUUGCGUCCUUGUGGCCUUACAAACUGUGGCAACAGCUGUUAUGCAAAUGCUGUUCUUCAGUGCUUGGCAUUUACUCGGCCACUAACUUCAUAUCUGCUUCAGGGAUUGCAUACCAAUACAUGUCCCCGAAGAGACUGGUGUUUCACAUGUGAGUUUGCAAGCCUUCUUCUCAAAGCAAAACAAGGACAAUAUCCUUUAUCCCCUAUUGGGAUACUUUCUAAUGUUGGAAGUAAUUUUGACCAUGGAAGACAAGAAGAUGCUCAUGAAUUCUUGAGGUAUGCAAUUGACACCAUGCAAUCUGUGUGCCUUAAACAAGCUGAUAAAAGUGCAGCUGGAACAAAAGCUGAAGAGACAACACUUAUUCAAUUAGUUUUUGGUGGUUACCUUCGAUCAAAGAUAAAGUGCACAAGGUGCCGGGGGAAAUCUGAGCGUCGGGAACGAAUGAUGGAUCUUACAGUGGAAAUACAUGGGGACAUUGGAACACUUGAUGAAGCAUUGGCUCGGUACACAGGCACAGAAAUUUUGGAUGGGGAGAACAAGUACCAUUGUAGCAGAUGUAAGUCAUAUGAGCGAGCAAAGAAAAAACUGACUGUAUUGGAGGCUCCAAAUGUCCUGACAAUUGCCUUGAAAAGAUUUCAGUCUGGAAAAUUUGGUAAACUCAACAAAGCAGUUCGCUUUCCUGAGAUCCUGGAUUUGGCUCCCUACAUGAGUGAGACAGAUGAUAAAUCCCCAGUAUAUAGCCUCUACGCAGUGGUUGUUCAUCAAGAUAUCAUGAAUGCUGCAUUCUCUGGCCACUAUAUAUGCUAUUUGAAGAGCACUCCAGGGAUGUGGUACAAGGCCGAUGACGUCAGGGUAAAGCCUGUGGACAUCAAAAGUGUCUUGACUAAAAAUGCAUACAUGCUAUUUUAUGCAAGAUGCUCGCCCCGAGCUCCCAGCUUGAUCAGGAGUGUGUUAUCGCCCAACCAUCAAAAAAACAAGAGGGCCAAAGGCAAAGAUUCGCUUAAUCCACAACAUAGGAGCUAUGAUCUCUACAACAGGAGACUUCCCUUUCCAAGGACAGACUCCUCUAGUGACAGCUCUUCCCUCCUCAGUUUCUCCGAUGAAGGUUCAUGCAGCACGGAUAGCACUAGGGAUUCCAGCAGCACUACUGAGGAGCUCUCUGACUACAUAUUUGGAGGCUCUUCAGUAUUUUCUUCUGAGGAUUCUGAUGGUUUAGCUGGAAGAAAUGAGGCUCUAAGUUAUGAAGAGAGUUUGGCUUGGGAAAGGAGAGAGGUGGGUUCAGAGGGUAUGAAGGGGAGCCCUCAGUUUUUGUGUUCUGAUGUAACUAAUCAGUGGAGUAGGAAAUUAGCAGGAGAUUGUAGAGGUAGACGAGAGAUAAGCAAGCACGAGCCCGAUGUAUUAUUAAUCAGGAGGCUUACUAGAGAGAGAAGUCAUACGUUUUAUUAAUGCUUUUUGGUUGUAUAGGGCAAUAAUAAGGUUAUUUAGGAUGUAAAAAUAUAUAUUGUACUGCUGAUUUCUAGUGAAAAGAAGCAAAAUUUUCCUUUUUUU